GUUCUUCGUGACUUUAACAUUCUAUAUAGUCUUCAGUUAGUAUGGCGUAACAAAGCAAUCAGUCACGAGGUGGCGCUAAGUAUAUUUAUAAAUACAUAGAAUGAGCGCUAAAGAAAAGUCCUGGAGAGGGUAGGAGGAGUAGGAAGGGAAAGUGGCAUUUUGUAUAGAAGCGUGUCAGGUUUGAGAGUUCUACAGGAAGUAGUGUUAUAGGUUGCUCUGUACUUCUCCCAGCCUUUCGGCCAUAUCCUUUGUAAGCUUAACCCACUGUCAGUAAUCAUGUCGGCAGAAAACGGAUCGCCUGGGCUGCCAAACGGCGGAGUAUGCUGCGCCACUGACAGUGGACGUUGCUCCCUCGUCGGGAACAAAGUCACAGUUGUGCUUGGGGCUCAGUGGGGAGACGAAGGGAAGGGUAAAGUUGUGGAUCUUCUGGCUCAGGAUGCGGAUAUCGUGUGCCGCUGCCAGGGAGGAAACAAUGCAGGCCACACGGUUGUUGUGGAUUCAGUUGAAUAUGAUUUUCACCUUUUGCCAAGUGGAAUCAUUAAUCAAAAUGCUAUUGCUUUCAUAGGAAAUGGUGUAGUAAUUCAUCUACCUGGCUUAUUUGAAGAAGCAGAGAAAAAUUUAAAGAAAGGGCAAGGUUUGGUUGGCUGGGAGAAGAGAUUGUGUAUCUCUGAUAGAGCUCACAUUGUGUUUGACUUCCAUCAGGCUGCAGAUGGCAUCCAGGAGCAACAACGGCAAGAACAAGCUGGGAAAAAUUUGGGCACAACAAAGAAGGGUAUUGGACCAGUCUAUUCUUCAAAAGCUGCUAGGAGUGGGCUCAGAAUGUGUGAUCUUGUUUCUGACUUCAGUGAAUUCUCUCAGAGGUUUAAAUUGUUGGCUAAGCAGUACAAGUCCAUGUACCCAUCCUUAGAAAUAGACAUUGAUGGUGAAUUAAAAAAGCUUCAGGAUUAUGCUGACAGAGUAAAACCGAUGGUUAAAGAUGGUGUUUACUAUCUAUAUGAAGCCCUUCAUGGUCCACCUAAGAACAUUCUAGUAGAAGGUGCAAAUGCUGCUCUUUUGGAUAUUGAUUUUGGAACAUAUCCUUUUGUGACAUCUUCAAACUGUACUGUUGGGGGAGUAUGUACGGGCUUGGGAAUUCCACCACAAAGUGUUGGCGAUGUGUAUGGUGUUGUGAAGGCAUACACUACGAGGGUGGGAAUCGGUGCCUUUCCAACAGAACAAAACAAUGACACUGGAGAAAUGCUGCAAACACGAGGCCAUGAAUAUGGAGUUACCACUGGCAGAAAGAGGAGAUGUGGAUGGUUGGAUCUAGUUUUGCUCCGAUAUGCUCACAUGAUAAAUGGAUUCACUGCGCUUGCUCUUACCAAACUUGAUAUCUUGGAUGUCCUUUCUGAAAUCAAAGUUGGUGUAUCAUACAAAAUAGAUGGCAAGAAGAUACCUCAUUUUCCAGCAAAUCAAGAAGUUCUUAACAGAGUAGAGGUUGAAUAUGAGACACUUCCUGGGUGGAAUACAGAUACAUGUAACGUUCGAACAUUUGAAGAGCUGCCUGAAAAUGCAAAGAAAUAUGUUCGAUAUAUAGAAUUAGAACUUGGAAUUCCUAGUAAGUAUAAUACUUGUGGAAGCACGGGGUGGCAAAACAUCCUAUGUGUGGGCACAGACAUGUAUACCUGCCAUGAACAUGGGAGGUUAAUUCAUCUGAAUUGUUCUUUUAGUUGUAGUUCCGCCACUGUAGAUUUGCAUCGCUGACCUCAUAAUAUUACUUUGAAGUAGGUUUUGCUUUUAAGAUCCCACAACCAGCAACCUAUCCCCAAACAAUGUAGGUCUCUAAAAAUAUAUUGCAUAAACAAGUUCAUGUAAAACCCUGUUUCUAAUUGUGUGUGUGUGUGUGUGAUCAUUUAGGGGACACUUCUUUAAUCAAAGAUCUUGAGUGUAAUUUGUUAUAAAGAAAAUUAUUUAUCUUUUUUCCCCAGUUAAAUGGAUUGGUGUUGGAAAAUCCAGAGAGUCGAUGAUUCAGCUGUUCUAAGAAGAUGCACACUGCACAGGCUGCCUCCUCAAGAUGACACCAUUCUACAGAUAAAGCUUCUCACUUGUACAUAGAGAACAAAUGCAUGGGCAACAAAAUAUCACUUCCAGAUUCAUCUUUUGUUAUGCCCUAAUUUAUUUAGUCUUUUUCACAAUCUAGUAAAAGAAAGCAGUCAAAAUUGUCCUACUGUUUAUUUUCUAUCGCAUUAGGACAUUUGUGGUCUGGUUAUUAAACUGGCAGUACUUUAAAGACUGAGUGACUUCUUUGUUCAGUUUUGGAAAGGACCAUCACACAUUGAACUGGCUAUUUUUUCUGUAUAAAAUUAAAAAAAACACCCUAGUACCUAUAUGUGCGCAUCUGGUACAACUUUGUUGACAGUCUGCAAUUUCAAGUUGUGAGACUGAAUCAGAAUUCUUUUACACAUUUUUACAUCUUUCUAUUGAUUUCUUAACAUAACUCAUGUAAUGUAUGGGGAGGAAAUAUCCAUAUUUUUAAAGCAAUCAUAAUUGGUGUGAAUGAUUUUGUUUUAAAAUGUAUUGCACUGCAAUACUUGCACUGUGCAAAACAAAUGGGUAGACAGUCUAUAUUUGUAAAUUAUUGAAUAAGAGUUUAAGGUUCCAACCCAAGAAAAGCAUGGUUGCAUAAAAAUUGUUCAAAUUUAAAAUAAAUAAUUAAAGAACUA